AUGCAGGCGGGCGGCCCGUACAUGAGAGCACAGCUUGGGCGCCGCGAUUCGCGCUCCUCGAAGGCAGCUCUCGCGGUGAAGCUUCUGCCGGGCCACCAGACGAACGUCAACGAGCUUCUCGGAAACUUCGCCGCCGUCAACCUCACCCUCGGCGACCUCGUGGCGCUCUCUGGCGCGCACACCAUCGGCGAGUCGGGCUGCGACAAAGUCGCGCACCGUCUCGCGCCGAACCGCGACAACACGCUCGCGAGGCCGAUGCGCAAGUUUCUCAAGAGUCAUUGCAGGGCUCCUAACGUCAGUAGCAAGGUCUCCAUGCGCAAGUUCGGGCUGCUGACGAGCGACCAGGUGCUGGCGAUCGAUCCGCGCACCAAGGAACUAGUGGACCAAUUCGCGGCGGACAAGAAGGCUUUCUUCCGCCACUUCCACCUCUCCAUGCUUCGCAUGGGCGCGUUCGGCGUGCUCACAGGCCAGCAGGGCGAGAUUCGCCGCUCCUGCAGCGUUGUUAACUGA